AUGUCUCGUGAUAGAUACUUCCAGUUACUAAGAAGCCUUCAUUUUGUGGACAACAACACUCCAGACCCGAACGGCCGUCUUUUCAAGAUUAGACACGUUUACGAUCCAUUUAGAGAGGCAGUAAAGAAAAACAUAAAUCUCUUCGAGUGUGAAACAGGAUAUGUCCUGGAUUUGCUAAUUUAUACCGGAGCAACAACGAACAUAAGACAAUAUAAAGAGGAACUUGUAAAAUCUGGAAAUAUCGCAAUGACGCUUUUAUUUCCCUACCUGAAUAAGGGACAUAAAUUGUACAUCGAUAACAGGUGCAGUAGCCCACUUCUAGCUCAAACUUUAUUAGAAAAUAAAAUUAAUUGUUGUGGGACGGUAAAACAAAAUAGAAAACACAUGCCUAAAUUGAAAAAAAAAUAUUCCCAAAGGCUCCAUUCAAUAUUUUUCUACUGA